UGAGUGUCUUGGCACUUGUGCGACUCAGAAAGGAAAUCCUUAAAGCGCCAGAAGGCUACUGGACGCCAUUCCCGACAGUCAGUGUAUCUUCUCACAGCAGCUGGGCAGAACCAUGGCAACAACUCCUGAUGCUGCUUUUGAAGCCCUCAUGAAUGGAGUGACCAGUUGGGAUCUCCCUAAAGAAUGCACUCCCUGUGAACUCCUUCUUAUUGGGGAGGCUGCCUUCCCAGUGAUGGUGAAUGACAAGGGUCAGGUGCUCAUUGCUGCCUCUUUCUAUGGCCAAGGCCGCCUGGUGGUCGUAUCCCAUGAGGGCUACCUGAUGCAUGCUGGCUUGGUUCCAUUUCUCCUCAAUGCAGUGAGCUGGCUCUGCCCCUGCCCAGGGGCUCCCAUUGCAGUACAUUCUUCCUUAGCACCAUUAGUUAACAUCCUAGGUGACUCUGGGAUAAAUGCAUUGGUUCAGCCUGAGCCUGGAGAAGCUCUGGGAGUUUAUUGCAUUGAUGCCUACAACGACACCUUGACUGAGAAGCUGAUCCAGUUUGUGAAGCGUGGUGGGGGCUUGCUCAUUGGAGGCCAGGCCUGGUAUUGGGCCAGUCAACAUGGCCGUGACAAGGUGCUGUUCAGUUUCCCUGGGAACCAGGUGACAAGUGUGGCUGGAGUGUACUUCACAGAUGUCUAUGGGGAUAUAAACCGCUUCAAGGUCUCUAAGAAGGUACCCAAGAUCCCACUCCAUAUCAGGUGUUGGGAGGAGUUCAGGCAUGACCAGGAGCAACUUCUGGAUGGGAUCUGUAUGUUGGACAUCAGGACUGGGGGUGUCCCCUCACAACUAUUGGUGCACGGCUCCCUGGCCUUCCCUGUGGGGCUCGAUAACUCCUUCCUUAGCUGCUUCCUAGCAGCUGCCCACUAUGGUCGUGGCCGUGUGGUGUUGGCUGCACAUGAGGCCAUACUCGGGGCUCCUAAGAUGGAACCCUUUUUGCUGAAUGCUAUACGUUGGCUGUCCAGAGACCAGAGAGCUACUAUUGGGGUGAACAAAAGUCUCAAGAGUCUGAAUUCCCUAUUGUUGAAGCAUGGCCUGAAAUGCAGCCUGGAGCCCCAUUUGACCAAUGACAUGGGUGUCUACUGCUGUGUAGCUUAUAGUGACCAGGAUGCCAAGAAAAUACAGGAGUUUGUAGCAGAGGGUGGAGGAUUGCUCAUUGGUGGUCAGUCCUGGUGGUGGGCUUCGCAGAACCCAGGCAUCUCUGCUUUGGGUAGUUUCCCUGGGAAUAUCAUCCUCAACACCUUCGGCCUCAGCAUUUUGCCUCAGACUAUCGACCCAGGCUGUUUCCCUCUCCUUCCUAUAGAUAUAAGGAACUACCACUUUCGAAGGGCUCUAUCUGAGUUCCAGGCUAUGUUGAACCACAAAGGUGGGAACUUGGAAAAGAAGUAUUUGAGAAAGUUGGGAGUAGAUGGGGCAGGCUUUCUUCAGAUUCCUGCACAGGGAGUUCCUGCUUAUUUAUCUGUGCGCCGGAUCCUGAGGAAGAUCCUUCGACAGGCAGGCAUCCCAGCUGUGAGCAAGAAAAAUCCAGUGUCCAGUCACUCCUGUGAGGCUGCACUACUCCAUCUAGCCACAGAGCUGGUACAUUCUGGAACUGAUUGCUCUGAGAUAGUUCACAACCUUGAUACUCAGACCUGCUCCUCCAAUCUCAGCUCCUCGGAAAACCCCAUUACUGUGGAGAUCAAUGGAACCAACCCAGGUGACAGUGAUGUCUGGAUGAGCACUGGGCUCUACCUCCUGAAAGGACAAAGCACAGAGAUCUCUGUCUCUGAAGCUACUGCCUCUGCUGGCCUGAAGGUACAGAUUGGAUGUCACACUGAUGACCUUAGCCAGACCAAACAGCUGUUUCGAGCCCCUGUGGUAACUUACCAGUGCUGUAUGAACAAAACCCAACAGUCAGUCUCCUGCCUCUGGGGUGGUCUCCUGUACAUCAUUGUACCCAAAGGCUGUCAACUUGGCCCUGUAUCUAUUACCUUCAUGAAGGCAGUGCCUGCUCCAUACUAUAAGCUAGGUAAAACAUCACUGGAGGAGUGGAAAAGCUGCAUCCAGAAGGACCUAGGCCCCUGGGGAGAGCUGGCCACAGACAAUGUCAUCCUGACAGUGCCAACUGCAAGCCUCAAGAUUCUGGAGGAUCCAGAACCUCUGCUCCAACUCUGGGAUGAGAUUAUGCGGGCUGUGGCCAGGCUCGCAGCCCAGCCCUUCCCUUUCAAAAUACCUGAGAGAAUUGUUGCAGAUGUUCAGAUAUCAGCUGGCUGGAUGCAUUCAGGAUACCCCAUCAUGUGUCAAGAGGAGUCCGUGCAGGAGCUAAUAAGUUUGACAAACAUAAGAAGUAAGGGCCUGUGGGGACCCAUCCAUGAGCUGGGCCACAAUCAGCAACGCAGUGGUUGGGAGUUCCCCCCACAUACCACCGAGGCCACCUGCAAUCUCUGGUCAGUCUUCGUUCAUGAGAAAGUCCUGGGGAUUCCCAGGGCUCAGGCCCACCCUGAACUGAAACCUGAAGAAAGAGAAAAGAGAAUUAAAGCACACCUUCAGAAGGGAGCACCCCUGAAUGACUGGAAUGUCUGGACAGCACUGGAGACAUAUCUGCAGCUCCAGGAGGCCUUUGGGUGGGAGCCAUUCAUCAGUCUUUUUGCUGAAUACCAAACCAUUUCUCACAUCCCUGAAGACAACGAGAGCAAGAUGAACAUAUGGCUGAAGUUGUUCUCUGAAAAAGUGCAGAAGAACCUGGUUCCUUUCUUUGAAGCCUGGGGCUGGCCUAUCCAGAAGGAGGUGGCUAAAGAUCUGGCCUGCUAUCCUUCCUGGGAAGAUCACCCCCUGAAGAUGUACAUGGGGAUGGAGUAGCAGGGGCCUUGGAGGCGGCUGGGGUUGGAUAAAGGCAUUAGGAUGGGGUAAAAUGGGUGGGAUAAGGGAGGACCACAGUACUAGCUUCACUGUGUUCUGGCUUGAGACACUCACUGCCUUAACUAUUUUUCUGCACUGUUUGACUUUAAACUAUAUUUUGGGUUGUUUUAAAUAUCAUUCCAUGCUUUCUUGAGAAAGUUACUUGUGACAAUGAACCUGAUGAAUGUCCCUUUCCACACGUCAUCAACACAUCCCAAACUCAGGGACCAUUUCCUCAGAUACCACCAGUAUCCCUUGGAGGAUGCUUUGCACAUGAAAAACACUAAGAAAUCACUAAACUCUCCUGACACUGAAGGAACCAUCAGUGUGUUGUCCUAAGACUUGUGUAGAGCAUUUUGUCUGAGUUACAUGGGUGGACUUCCAUCAGGUUAAUAUCUUCUCAUCAUACAGGAGAAAAUGCCAUGGAUACUAAACAACUUCUAUACUCACUCUGGAAGACAAAGUGUCAGAUUUUACAGAUGUCCAUACAGUGAUAGACUGUGGAUCUUAUCCUCAACAGAGUUAUAAAGUUAACAAAAA